AUGACGUCACCCUCCUCCCAGUCCACAACCAACAACUUCAACAAACACAUCACAGUCAAACUAGAAGUGCUGGCCAAAGCCUCCACUCACCAGGGGAGGGCGCUCAGCUACUCCAAGGCUGUCAAUGCACUGAAGAGCCACCACAAGCCUGUGACAUCACAUCAGGAGGCCUGUCAGAUUCCAGGAAUUGGAAAACGAAUGGCUGAAAAAAUUGAUGAGAUCAUGGAAAGCGGUCACUUGCGAAAGCUCAACCACAUCAGGGAGGCUGUGUUGGAGCUUUUCAGCAACAUCUGGGGCGUGGGCACCAAAACGGCUCAGCUGUGGUAUCAACAGGGAUUUCAGACUUUGGAAGACAUGCGCACCAAGGCUCACCUUAGCAACUGUCAGAAAAUAGGAUUUAAACACUGCAAUGACUUUCUUGGCCAACUGCCCAGAGAAGAAGCAGCAGCCAUCGAGAAAAUAGUCAAGGAUGUUGUCAGCCCAGGCCUGCUGGUGAUGGCAUACAGCUCGUACCACAGGGGAAAGGUGACUGAGGAUGCUGAUGUGCUUAUGACUCGUCCUGAUGGCAAAUCCCACAAGGGUGUGUUCAGUAAAGUACUGCAGCUCCUCUGUGACAGUGGGUUUUUGACAAACGAUCUGGUGAGCCACGAGGAGAAUGGGGAACAGAAGAAAUAUAUGGGUGUGUGCGGCUUGCGGGAACGCCAUCGCAGACUUGACAUCAUCGUGGUGCGUUACAAUGAGUUUGCCUGUACGCUUAUGUAUUUCACCGGCUCGGUGCACUUCAGUCGCUCCACGAGAGCCCCGGCAAAGACCAAAAACAUGAGCUUAUCGGGACACUCGCUAAACAAAGAAGUGGUUUGCCAAGGGAAGGUGUUUGGUGGCACUCCACUUCCUACACUGACGGGAAAGGUUGUUUUUAGUCUUUUAGGAAUACCUUACAGGGAGCCCCAUGAACAGGACUGGAGAUUAUCACCGUGCGUUUUAGCUUUCGUCAGAGUAACAAUGGAAAUCAUGACGACAGUGGAGUCUACAAUUGUGCUGUUUACAUACUGA